GAGUGUUUGCUGUUCCAUUGCUUAUAGCCAAUCCUCCCUAAAUUUCUUUCCUCUCUCUCGGAGGGACCCGUCCCCGAAUUGACCUGUUUCUUGGUCUUCAUCGGAUCGCCAUGGCGACGAGCGGGCGGAAGACGCCCGACCCAGGCGGGACGGACCGCCUCAGCAGCCUCCCGGACGCCAUCCUCAGCUCGAUCCUCUCCCUCCUUCCCGUCCGAGAGGCCGUCCGCACCAGCGUCCUCUCCAAGCGAUGGCGCCACGUCUGGUGCCAUACCUGCGACCUCUUGCUCGACGCCCCCAACCUCUUGCCCCCCCAUCUCUGCUUCCCCGAUUCCAAGCUCUACAACCUCUUCCGCGACCAACGCGACCGCCUCAUCCUCCAGCUAUCGCGCCGCUUCCGCUCCGCCGCCCGCACCCUCCUCGCCCACCACCAAGCCCAGAAGCUCGGUACCUUCCGCCUCCACUUCCCGCUGGGCCGUGGGCAGUCCCGGCUUCUGGACUCCUGGCUCGAACAUGCCAUCAGCCGCGAAGUCGAGAUCCUGGAUCUCAAUUUCAACAAGGGUCGACCCAUCAUCCCCUUGGACUUCGCCCAACCCUAUAACUUUCCCUUCCAUCUGCUGCUAUCUUCUCCUUCUGGAGCCAAUUCUUUGAAGCGCGUUUUCUUGGAAUUCUCCAUCUGGAACCCUCGACCGGAGGAGUUCGAGGGUUUUGCUCGUCUCCAAGUUUUGGAGCUCCGGCGAGUGAACAUUACGGAGAGGCAUGUGAAGGACCUGCUGGCUUAUUGCCCGGUUCUCGAGCGUCUUGUUCUGGCGAAGUGUGGAGAUUUCGUGGGUCUGGUGGUGAGCAGUGAUUCUCUGAAAUUUUUGUAUCUGGAGGAAUGGGAAAGCUUGGAAAGCGUCGAGCUCAGCGGUGCGAAUCUCUCUACGUUCGAGUACAGGGGCCGGCAGGUCUGGUUCUCCUUCGAUAAGGUCCCGAGGCUUCAACGGUUGUUCUUGUUCGAGGAUUCUGUUCACCUCGUGGCCUAUGCCUUGAAUAGGCUCCCGAUCGAUGCCCCGCAAAUCAAAACACUCAUCAUGUGUGUUUCCUCACCAAGGGAGAUUGCACGCAUCGAACCCAGUUUGCCAGUGAACCCACCCAUAUUUGCUGGUCUCAGCCAGUUGAUCAUCAACAUUCCAUCACAUGGAGACCUUCUUUGGAUAGCUUGGCUUCUCAAGGCGUCGCCUCUCUUGCAAAAACUCGAACUGCAUAUGGCUUUUCAUUCAAACAACAUGCCUCAUCACCAGGAUGUGAAUCGAUUUCGGAUGGUAAAGGAGCUUCACGAGUGCCCCCAUCAGCACCUUGAGAUUGUUCAAUUGAGUGGUUUCACAGGCAGCAAUUUCCAACUUGACAUUGCAAAGUACAUUCUUAACAUUGCUGUUAAUCUCAAGUUGAUAAUGAUUGAUCCACGCGCAAGACAAUAUGUUUCUGGUGGCAAACUGAUGGACGUUGAAGGGUUUUAUGAAGGAAAUAUGGCUGACAACUGGACCGAAAAGAUCCGACCAUUGGUCCAUCAGCAGCUCUCUGGAGAGGUUUACUCAAAUGCUGAACUAAUCAUCUUAUGAUUAUCCUUUUGUUCAUAUACAAUAAUGUGAAACUGAAGCAUUAAUUACCUCAAUUUAUCUUGUUUGUCUCAAAAUCAAGAUCAUAUUUGACAUUGUGAAAGGCUAAUAUUGUUCCCUUGAAAAUUCAACCAAUGGAUGCGGACUUUCUUUUCA